AUGCAGCAUCAUUGCCUGGCUAGCAAGCCUCAGCAUUUACUGCUGUUCCUGCUUCUGUGGAUAGCUGGUGUUCUGUACAGCAAUGCAGCGGAGACAUCUGUUCCGUCUGCAUCAGCUGCCUCGAGCAGUCCGACAGUGUGUCCUUAUCGAACGGUCAACUACAUCACGCACUCGCUCGCACAGCAAUGUUUGACGACAAGUCGUCCAGCUCGCUCGAGCACAACUACGCCAGCAGCAAGUAGAUCCUCAAAUAGCAUUAGUCAAAUUUCCCUCGUCUUGAGCACAGCCGCCAUUUCGGCCAGUACACUUCCUAGUUCGGUGCAGACGGUGGACGAAAGACAUCUAGAUAAGAGCACUACAGCGAUCAAGAAGCCUACCGCCUCAGCACCCGGUUUAGAAGAGGAGGCUGAUGCAGAAUCACCACUGGGCAAGGACAACUUUCUCUCCUUUGAAGAAUGGAAAAGACGAAAUCUCGAUAAAUAUGGGCAGUCGGCGGAUCAGAUCGGGAAGCCGAAGAAACAUGACAACCUCCAUGCCCGCCGGCAGCCUGUCAACGUACUUGACACAUUAGGGGACGAAGCUGAAAUCGACCUGGAUUUCAGCGCCUUUGCUCCCGAGAAGCCACAAAUAGUUCUCUCAAAGCCCAAUGAUAUGACAAACUCGGAAGCUAGGGGAGCAAUACCAGGAAAAGAAAUGCCGAAGACGCAGUCAAGGAGCAAAGAUGCUGGCAUGACAUUUAAAGAACGUUUCAACUACGCCUCGUUUGACUGUGCUGCCACUAUCUUGAAGACCAAUGCCAAAGCCUCUGGUUCUUCAGCUGUACUCGUGGAGAACAAAGACAGCUAUAUGUUGAACGAGUGUUCCGUGGAGAACAAGUUCCUCAUUCUAGAGUUGUGUGAAGACAUCUUGAUAGAUACUAUCGUGCUGGCCAAUUUUGAAUUCUUCAGCUCGAUAUUCCGUACAUUCAGAGUCAGUGUCACCGACCGAUACCCCGUGAAGCUUGAGAAAUGGAAGGUGCUUGGGACGUUCGAAGCGCGCAACACCCGCGAAGUACAGGCUUUCUUGGUGGAGAAUCCCUUGAUAUGGACAAAGUUCGUAAGAAUCGAGUUUCUGACACACUACGGAAAUGAGUUCUAUUGCCCAGUCAGCCUGGUGAGAGUGCAUGGCACUACCAUGUUGGAAGACUACAGACACGACGAGGACACCAAUAAGGCUGAAGACCGAGACGACGAAGACGAUCAGGUCACAGAAGCCUAUGGGACGACGGAGACAGCAUUCCCCGAAGCCGUAGCUGAGAUUUUGGUUGAGCAUGUGAGCUCUAAAUUGGCCACACAAGAGGAAACCAACCUCAGUGCCAACGAAUCCAAUUUUGAGGAUGUAAAACAUUCACUUGACAGGACGAGUUCUUCUCCGCAUCAUGAUAUGCAUACAUCCAACGCUUCCGUGUAUGAGCCCUUGCAAUCUCCUCAAACUAGGAAAGUUGGUCUCCUUGAGCUUUUUCAGCAGCGGUGUCUCGCAGAUAAGAGCCAGGCGGAUCAUUACACUGCUAAUCCUAUCGUCCACCGUUCUGCGCCUGUAGAAGUUCUCAAGCAGACGCUUACCACGCAAAAAACGCCAACAAUUACUGACGGCACAAAGUGGCAGCAGCAGGCAUCAGCGUGUGGUGCUUCCCAAGCAACCACCUCCCAGCACCCUCCAAUAGCGAGCGGGCAAGAUCCUCCAGCGAAGUUUUCGGCUGGUAAAUCGUCCGUCCAGCCCAGCACUACCUCUGCGCUCACCAAAGCCACAAGUUCGCAAGGCACAAACAGCAGCAAACCGUUAGCUAGCUCCACUCAACCACCGCCUUCCAAUCCCACCAUUCAGGAAUCGUUCUUCAAAUCAGUACAGAAGCGUUUACAGAUGCUCGAAAGUAAUUCAACACUAUCACUUCAAUAUAUCGAAGAACAAUCGCGGAUUCUACGAGAGGCCUUUAACAAAGUCGAACAACGGCAGCUUGCGAAGACCACAAAAUUCUUGGACUAUCUCAAUGGGACUGUCUUCAACGAGCUUCGAGACUUCAAGCAGCAGUAUGAUCAAUUGUGGCAAUCUACUGUGAUAGAAUUAGAAACGCAGCGCGAGCAGAGUCAACGUGAAGUUAUUGCUCUCAACACCCGACUUAGUAUUCUGGCCGAUGAGCUUGUCUUCCAAAAACGUAUGGCAGUGCUUCAGUGUAUUUUAGUGUUGCUCUGCAUAGGUCUCGUCCUCUUCCCCCGAGGCGCGAUGAACAGCUACCUGGAGCAUCCAUUGCUGCAGAACAUGCUAACACGCUCUGCCACCUUCCGGAAGAGAGGUGCCUUCCUCGACACUCCGAAUUUGAGCUCAGAAUCUACUCAGCCCAGCCCCUCCUACAAGGCACAGGCCAAGGCGGCCUACAGCACGCUGCAAGCACAUCAACGAAAUCUGUCGGAAGACUUCCAAGACGGCGCGGAAACACCAGCUCUUGCCUACUCCCCACCAACGCCUUCGUCCUACGAUGCUCGCUCCGAGAUUGGCGAAAGAGAGGAUGAACACAUCGGAUCCGAUUGCUGA